AUGGCUAACACAUAUACACCAUUGUUCGAGCGAUCACUCGAAGCUUUCAAAAAAGACCUAAAUAAGAAGGAGCGGGAUAACUUCAAAUUCUCUAAGCUGGAAGAUCUGGAGCAAUGUCUCACGCAGUUGCAGGCCAAGCACCGGUCUCAGCGCCGUAUGCAGAAUCUGAAUCGACUGAAGCCAUUCCUCGAAGCUAUGAAUCAAUUUGGCAAGGUGGUGGAGGUGUUUUGCAAUAGCAGUGAGAUCGUGCCAUUUCUUUGGGGGCCAGUCAAAUUCCUGCUCCUAAUCGCGGAUACUCUCGAGAACGCCUUUUCCGAACUGUUGGACACAUACGAAUAUAUAGGAGAGAACUUGCCUCUGCUCUUGCAAUACCAAGAGCUGUUUCACACCAACCCUCACAUGAUCAAGGUACUUUCACUCAUGUAUGAGGAUAUUCUCAAGUUUCAUCGCAUUGCCAUUCAAUAUUUCCAGCAGCGCCUGUGGAAGCAGCUAUGGCACGCGACGUGGAAAACCCAACAAUCACGUUUCUCCAACGUUAUUUCGGGCAUGGCACGGCAUCGUGCUUUAAUUGAAAGUCAAGCAAGCCUGUCCCAGAUUGCAGACUCCCAGGAAUCGCGUCGUCUAGUGGACGAUCGACACAAUACAGAAGUGCAAUAUGAAUCUUUGCGACGGUCACGCACAGUUUUCGACUGGCUCAGAGCGCCCGAUGUUGAGGGACACCAGUAUAAUUUGACCAAAACGCGAGCAGAUUAUCCUGGUACCGGAAGGUGGCUUUUGGAUAACCAAGCUUUUAAAGAUUGGUUUGAUCCGAACUACCCCAGUAUACCUCCUUUGCUUUGGUUGAAUGGGAUUCCAGGCGCCGGAAAAACUGUCCUCGCAUCUCUCGCAAUAGAGGAAGCCCAAAAGCUCACCCCCAAACCGACGGUUCUUUUCUUUUAUUGCAAACAUGGUGAUCCAGAGCGCAACAGCUUUUUGGCAUUGGCACGCAGUCUUCUCGCCCAAAUUUUGGAGCAGGACCAAAAUAUGCUUCUUUAUUUCUACCAGGAGUGCUGUGAUAGUAAGGAAGCGGUUCUUACUUCUCCGGUAAAAGUCACCAAACUUUUAGAAUUUGCAUUCAAGAACUGCAAGAGUGCAUAUAUCAUUAUUGACGGGCUCGAUGAGUGCGAAAGAGAUCAACGGAAAGGCAUCGUUCAAUGGUUCAGAACAUUAGUCGAAAGUCUACCUAUCAUCGAACCCUGGAGACUACGCUGUCUUUUCACCAGCCAAAACGAUAGCCUGGCGCGCAAAGACUUCGAUGAGAUUGCAAGUCUUACUAUCGGACCCGAUGAUAUUAAAAAUGACCUUCAAGGCUUUUGCCAGCGUGAGGCAGACCAACUGAGGGCUUCUUUGUACAUCUCAGAAGACAUGGCUGACAGUAUCUCUGCGACUGUGACUCAACAAGCUGGCGGCAUGUUUCUAUUUGCAAAACUGAUCUGGUUGAAUUUAUCCGCACAGACUACAAUAAUGGGGCUGGAGCAAGAGCUGGAUCCAAACAUUUUCCCCUCUGGGAUAAAUGAUGCAUUUUUGGUCGAUGAAGGCCUUGUCGAUCCAUUAAAAGGGGAUAUCAGAAUGGCAACUCGAUGUGUUAACUAUCUGAACUUCCCACUCUUCGUGAACACGCCGCUUGAGCAUGACAUUCGCCGUGGCGACUAUGGGCUUAUGGAAUAUUCCGUUAUCCACUGGGUUAGACAUCUUGAAGGAGCAAUUGCGGAAGCAAAUCGACGAAUCGAGAGAACAAAGGCAGAAGCAACCAGGCCUCGUCAAAGUACGCCCGAUGAACUAGAUAGACUCAACAACUAUGAGGCUCUGCGUGAAGAAGAUUACCCAGCGAUGAUGGAUUCACUCGCCGAGUCACUAGGUGUUUUCAUCGAUCUGCACUGGUCUCCGCCUAACAAAUACCUAGAGGUAUCGGCUCGGAAUAAAAAGAGGCUUCAAGUCUUUCAAGAUGCCACCUUCUAUGAGCAGCUGGAGCAGAUUGUUGUCUCAACUAAGAAGCAACUCAACUCAUUUGGUCCGCUCAAGCAAGAAGGAUUUGCACUCAACCUAUUUAACCUUGUGGGUAAUAUCCGUCAAGUGAUAGAAAGAAUAGUGUCAAAAGACCCUUCGUCUGAAAAAGACAUGAUACAGAAAUAUGGGGACAAUCUGUUCCGAUGCCCACGUUUCAGCUGCCAAUUCUUCUUCUCUGGGUUUCCCUCAAAUGAGAAGCGAGAUGAACAUAUCAGCAGACAUAAUCGAGCAUGGAGAUGCAGUGACGAAAAUUGCACCAGUUUUACUUUUGGCUUUGUAUCAGAGACCAGUCUGAAAAGACACGUGAAAGAUGCCCAUCUGGAUGCAUCGCAGAGCCAAGGAUUUCCAUCCAACAACGACAUUGAGCUAAGCCUUCGGCAAAAGACACCCAAGAUACAUGCUACUCCCCAGCGAGCACCUGAAUUGCAGAAUGAACAACCUGUGCAAGCAACGCCUGGUAUUAUGGCUCACACACAAGAGACACCAAGCUCAGACUCUGAGCCAGAGGUUCGACCCACGAAGCGCCCGAAGACUCAAGAGAAGCAAGACUUUAAGUGCCCGCAUUGUGCAAAGGAUUUCAAACGGCUCUUUAAUCUCAAGUCUCACCUUUUGACGCACACGGCGGAUCGGCAGUUCUCGUGUGAUAUCUGCCAGAAGCGCUUUUCUAGAAAGAAUGAUUGCAAUCGACACAAGAAGAUCCAUUCGGGGGAGAAAGAUUGGGUCUGUGAGGGUUGUCUGGUGUCCUUUGCUCGUGCGGACAUGCUGAACAAUCAUCACCGCGCGCCAAUAGGUCAAGCCUGUCUUGCCAAAAUCCAAAUCAAAACACAGGGCCCCAUGCCUUGA